AUGGAUUUGGAUGAACUUGCACAAGGAUUUCGCCCGACGGAUUUAGAGUUAUUCACAUUCCUUUUGAGGUUUAUUGCUAAAGAACCAUUGUGUGACGAUGGUUUUAUUACUGAGCUUGAUGUUUACAAACAAGAACCUUGGGAAAGUUAUGGCCAUGGUCGCCAUUGUGGAGGACAAGAUAAUGAGGACACUAGUAUUUACCGCUACUUCAUUACACCACUGAAGAAGAAAAAGGGCAGAUUUUGCAGGACUGUGGGUAAAAAUAUUGGAACUUGGAAGCAGCGAGAUAGGGGAAACGAUGUCAUUAUGAAGGGUUCGAUUAAUGGACGAAAGAAUGGUCUAUGCUAUGAAUAUACUAAGUGCCGUCCUAAUGAUCAGAACGAUGGGAAGUGGCUCAUGACGGAAUAUGUGUUUUGUGACACUCUUCUUAGAAAGUUCAAAAAUUCUGAGUUUAAAGAUUAUGUUAUUUGUGCCAUAAGAAAGAAGUCCAAAAAAAAGUCUUCUAAUGGUACUCAAAGUAGGAAUCUGACUGCUUUUUCGAACAUGAUGCGAGAAAUUAAUCUGCCUAAAGAAAAGGAUAGAUUGGCUGAAAAUACGGGAGACACAAUCUUGGACAAGUACCAGACACAAAAUCAACCAACACCACUGCAAGAAGGUUGUAUUUUUGGUGUUAAUGAAGACCAUAUUGCAUAUUUGGAACUUGAAGCCAAGGUUGAACGACUAACUAUUGUUGGUGAAUCUGCUAUGAGGAACAAUCAGGUGCAAACUCAAGAGGAAGACAUGUUAGAUGAUGCGACUAUGAGGAUAGAUUGGCUGCAACUAGGAUGA